AUGGGAUGCCUUUCAUCAAUCGAAGCCCCUCUCUCUGCUCUCAUUACCGUAAUCUUCCUGGCCAAUGGUCUCUACUCGAUAACCUAUAAAGUAGUGGAAUCCAACAAAGUUUUCGAUGAGGAUGCCUUGAAUACCAAAGAUAUGCUAAUGUCAGCUCUCGCCAUCAUGUCACUCAUCGGAAUCUGCUCAUCUCGACGAGCAUUCGGUGUCUUCACUCUCGUCUUCAUGAUCCACACAUUCUUCUACUCUAUCUUCCAUCUCUUCCACACUUUGGUCAUCUUUUUGAAGUCUUUCGAUGAACCAUGCCGUUUUCUAAAGGCUCCUGCUACUGGAAGUUUUCCAGUUGAGACGUGUCACGCGGUCAAUGGACUCACGUUGGUCUGUGCGGUGAUUACGAUGAUUGCUACGGCCCUAGCAACGAUGGCUGUCUACAUCCGUCUGACUACUGUAGUCGUCGAGAUCUCCGAUAUGAGAAAUAUGGCCACCAGUAGAUCAUUUGACAACUCGGUGCCCCAACUCAUCAGCAGAAAAUCGGUUGAAUCGGAGAGAGAAGAAGAUGUGGAGAUGCAGCCGAGAAGGAAAAUGGGACAAGCGGAUAUCUUUGUGUGA